AUGGGGCCUCUCCCUGCAGAUCUAGACCGUCGUCCUCUUCGCGAAGGUUGGGCUUGGCCACAGGCAUCAAGCCUUUCGAGAGGCUUCGCGAGUCGCUGCACAGACCCAAGACCGCGACAGGUUCCCGGGGCUGCAUCGACGAGCAGAGGCCAAAGAGAGCAGCAACUCCAACCGACUGGAGACCUUCCACCGCUGCAGACAGCCCCCACUCAUCCAAAUUCAAAGAAGGCGGCUUCCACGGCCGACUUGCCCAUGGAGCCAUCAAGAUCGGGUCGUUCUACCGUCGAUUACUUCCCAGCCGACGCCAGGAGCAGCACUAGUCAUAGCAGUGGCUCCUUAAUCCGUUCUGCUGAGCGGAGUCCCAUCAGCCCACUGGAGCCCAUACCCGAGGUUCAAUCGGUUAUGCGCUCGCAGUUCAAAGAGCUCAAGUGGGCAGAUGAGCAGAAGAAGUCAGACCAGGAUCAGAAAACGGACAAGCAGGCCCAGAAGGAGCCAAGCGAACAAGCAUCUAAGAAGGAUCGAGAGUCGUCAAGGUCUAGGUCUGAUCCCAGACCUGCUGCGGCAGGCAGACGACCCUUAAGACCAUUCACGAUUGACAGAAGCGGAAGGCGACCAUCCGGAGGUCUCGUUGGGCGAUCCACUGCCCAGGUUCAUGCUGCCCAACCCAUAGGGGCUACCUUUGCACCCUUGCCAUCCGUUAACACGAUCCUCAGGCCCGUCUCGUCGGCCGCGACAGCCAAAUCGCCCCUGUCUGCAUCACCCGAGGCGCCUCUAACGGCGACAAGCAUUGCUUUUCCCAUUUUUGGAAGCAUGAACCCGCUCCCGGCGCUCAGGCGGGCCAUGUCGGACCUGAUUCCGGAAAGGCCGGCAUACCCUUACGAUCCACUACUCGACAACUACGCCCCUGAGCAGCCCUUCCACAUCCAAUGGCGCCGCGGCAGCGUCGAUGGCCAACAAUCGCCUGUAACGACCCACAUGGCCUCGCCACCCAUAAGGUCUCAAAGGAGUUCAGCUUCCACUCUGCCCUUGUCGUUGGAUCCCAACAUCAUGACCACGCCUUCUGGUGCUUCUCAUCCGGGACGACCGUUUGUCACUGAGUCGAUUGCGCGAUUUGGCCAGCAGCGAUGA